AUGCAGCGGCCCGGGGAACCGGGCGCCGUGCGCUUCGGUCCGCCCGAGGGCUGUGCUGAUCAUCGGUCGCACCGCUACCGCAGCUUCAUGAUCGAAGAGAUCCUCACCGAGCCGCCCGGGCCCAAAGGCGCAGCGCCUGCGGCUGCAGCAGCUGCCGCGGGCGAGCUGCUAAAGUUUGGCGUGCAGGCGCUCCUGGCCGCGCGGCCCUUUCACAGCCACUUGGCAGUGCUGAAGGCUGAGCAGGCCGCUGUGUUCAAGUUCCCACUGGCGCCGCUCGGCUGUUCCGGGCUGGGCUCGGCGUUGCUGGCCGCGGGGCCUGGGAUGCCCGGCACCGCAGGCGCGUCGCACCUGCCGCUGGAACUGCAACUCCGCGGGAAGCUGGAAGGAACUGGCUCUGGGGAACCCGGCACGAAGGCCAAGAAAGGACGCCGGAGCCGCACAGUGUUCACGGAGCUGCAGCUGAUGGGCCUGGAGAAACGCUUCGAGAAGCAGAAGUACCUCUCCACCCCUGACAGAAUAGAUCUAGCUGAAUCCCUGGGCCUGAGCCAAUUGCAGGUGAAGACAUGGUAUCAAAAUCGGAGGAUGAAGUGGAAGAAAAUAGUGCUGCAGGGUGGCGGCCUGGAGUCUCCUACCAAACCCAAGGGGCGGCCCAAGAAGAACUCCAUCCCCACGAGCGAGCAGCUCACGGAGCAGGAGCGUGCCAAGGAGGCCGAGAAGCCAGCGGAAUUGCCGAGCGAGCCCAGCGACCGGAAUUGUGAGGACUGAGCUCAGCCCGGGAUGUGCGGCACCGUCGGAGGGAACCCGGAGCUGGCCCUUCCGCAUCCAUGCCGUUUGCUUUUUAAACGAUUCAUUACUACUUUGAAUGCGGACAAUUAGGGGCCAAACAAGAAGGGACAGAAACCUGAAAGCCAGACCCAGGUCUCAGCGAACUCCUGUCUCUUGCUCCCAGUCUGGGAGAAUCGUGUUCAGUGCGGCCGAAGCUUCUGGUCUUUCUCGGAGUUCUGCGGUGCCCUGCGCUCCAUGCGCAUUCACGCCCCGCUCCUUGCCCACA